GCGGGUCUGUGUGAUGUGGACUGCCACAGCGGGAAAGUGGAGCACGCGGAACCCUGCCACACGGGUAGACUCCUCUACACCACCGCUCAUUCUCUCUUCUCGAUGAACUAAACCCCAAAAAAAAAAAAAAAAACCUUUCAGGAAUUUUUAUUUACGCGGAUUAUUAUUGCUUUGGGAUAUUGUGUGCGAAAUAUGAGCUAAAAUCCUGGGGAAAAGGCCAUAUGGACUACGUGACUCACAAGGCAACAUGAAGGUGGUUUCCCCAAAAAUCAGAAGACUGAGCCCAGUGGGUACUGGCUGGAUGUUUAAGAGCAUGUGUUCAGUCUGAGACACAUUUGAGAGGAUAGCAGCUGCUCAGCAAGCACACCACCAAAUUUGCUAUCAAUUUAUUUGUGCCAGACAAAAAGAUACAAAGAAAACCUGCAAAAAGCAAGCAAAAACUUUGUCACCUGACAAAUGUUAGACUACUGUGCAAUGUGAUUGGCCUUAUAACUGUUACUUAAGACUGUUCUCCCUCUUUACAGCCCUCCUUUCCAUCUAGGAUAUUAAUUGUUGUGUUGUUCAUCUCUUUUUUUUCCUUUUUUUCCUUUUUGCAACACAAACUGGGAUGUAUUCUGGAUAUAUGAACCUCUGAACCAAAGCUCUUCUCGAUGGUUUCCUAUUGUUCAGGAUUAUAACUCCCCAUCUUCGGCACCUUCAAAAUGACUCCUCUCAGAUACCCAGUGCAGCUGCAGCUGCUGCUCAGCACCGUGCUCGGGCCCUGCCUGGGCCUGGAGUUUGCAGGGGCGAGAGGCCAGUGGGCACGCUAUCUCCGCUGGGACGCCAGCACCCGAAGUGACCUCAGCUUCCAGUUCAAAACGGACGCGUCCACCGCCUUGAUCUUGUACUUUGACGACGGAGGCCACUGUGACUUCCUGCAGUUGAUGGUGGCGGAGGGCAGGCUGCAGCUCCGCUUCAGCAUCGACUGUGCCGAGGCCACCGUGGUGUCGGACAAGCGGGUGAACGACAGCGUCUGGCACUUUGCCAGCCUGGGCAGGUACAAUCUGAGGACCGUGCUGGGCGUGGAUGGCCAGAGCAAGGCAGAUGAGGUGCGGCCACGGAGGCAGUACAUGAAGAUCGUCAGCGACCUCUUCCUGGGUGGAGUCCCCCAGGACAUUCGCACCUCAGCUCUGACCUUACCCGCAGCCAAAGACAUGCCCACUUUUAAGGGAGUUAUCAGGGACCUGAAGUAUGGAAACAAGCAGCCCGUUCUGCUCAGCAGCCAGAAAGUGCGCAUGAACAUGGAGGGCAUCUGUACCGAGAACCCAUGUGAAAAUGGAGGGCUCUGCUCUCUCGUGGAUGGGGAACCAUUAUGUGACUGUUCCAAGACGGAGUACACUGGCCGGUUCUGCAGAGAAGAGGCCAACAACAUCCCAGGCCUGGCACACAUGAUGAUGGCGGAACAAGCCAAGAGCAAAGCACGAGAGGAGAACGUGGCCACGUUCCGCGGCUCAGAGUACUUCUGCUACGACCUCUCGCAGAACCCCAUUCAGAGCAGCAGCGAUGAGAUCACGCUCUCCUUCAAGACCUGGCAGCGCAACGGCCUGAUCCUGCACACGGGCAAAUCCGCCGACUACGUCAACCUGGCCCUGAAGGACGGCGCCGUCUCCCUGGUCAUCAACCUCGGCUCCGGAGCCUUCGAGGCCAUCGUGGAGCCGGUGAACGGCAAAUUCAACGACAACGCCUGGCACGAUGUCAAAGUGACACGCAACCUCAGACAGGUCACCAUAUCAGUGGACGGCAUCCUCACCACCACGGGCUACACGCAGGAGGACUACACUAUGCUAGGCUCAGACGAUUUCUUUUACGUGGGAGGAAGCCCGAGUACCGCCGACCUGCCCGGAUCGCCCGUCAGCAACAACUUCAUGGGCUGCCUGAAAGAGGUGGUCUACAAAAACAACGACAUCCGGCUGGAGCUGUCUCGGCUGGCCCGCAUCGUAGACCCCAAGAUGAAGAUCCAGGGGGAUGUGGUCUUUAAGUGUGAGAACGUGGCCACCCUGGACCCAAUCUCGUUCGAAACGCCCGAGGCCUACAUCAGCCUGCCCAAGUGGAACACCAAGCGCAUGGGAUCCAUCUCCUUCGACUUCCGCACAUCCGAGCCCAAUGGCCUGAUCCUCUUCACCCACGGCAAGCCGCAGGACCGCAAGGCGCCCAGCCAGAAGAACACCAAGGUUGACUUCUUUGCGGUGGAGCUGCUGGACGGGAGCCUGUACCUGCUGCUAGACAUGGGCUCGGGCACCAUCAAGGUGAAAGCCACGCAGAACAAGGUGAACGACGGUGCCUGGUACCAUGUGGACAUUCAGAGGGAUGGACGCUCAGGUACUAUAUCGGUGAACAGCCGCCGUACGCCCUUCACCGCCAGUGGCGAGAGCGAGAUCCUGGACCUGGAGGGAGACAUGUACCUUGGCGGCCUCCCGGACAACCGGGCCGGCCUGAUCCUGCCCACCGAGCUGUGGACGGCCAUGCUCAACUACGGCUACGUGGGCUGCAUCCGCGACCUGUUCAUCGACGGCCGCAGCAAGGACAUCAGGCAGAUCGCCGAGGCCCAGAACGGAGCCGGGAUCAAGCCCUCCUGCAGCAAGGUGCCGGGGAAGCAGUGCGAGAGCUACCCCUGCAAGAACAAGGGCGUCUGCAAGGAGGGCUGGAACCGCUUCAUCUGUGACUGCACCGGCACGGGCUACUGGUCACGCACCUGCGAGAGAGAGGCGUCGAUCCUGAGCUACGACGGCAGCAUGUACAUGAAGGUGUUGAUGCCGGCAUUGAUGCACACCGAGGCAGAGGACGUGUCCCUGCGCUUCAUGUCCCAGAGGGCCUACGGACUGCUGAUGGCCACCACCUCCAGCAGCUCUGCCGACACGCUGCGUCUCGAGCUGGACGGCAGCCGUGUCAAGCUCACGGUCAACCUAGACUGUAUCAGGAUUAACUGUAACUCCAGCAAGGGACCAGAGGCACUGUAUGCUGGACAUAAACUCAAUGACAAUGAGUGGCAUACGGUGCGGGUGAUCCGGCGUGGUAAAAGCUACAAGCUCACAGUUGACGAUGACGUAGCUGAAGGCCAGAUGGUGGGGGACCACACCCGGCUGGAGUUCGAGAACAUCGAGACGGGCGUGGUGACCGAGCGCCGCUACGCCACACAAAUCCCGUCCAGCUUCAUUGGCCACCUGCAGAGCCUCCGCUUCAACGGCAUGCUCUACAUCGACCUGUGCAAGAACGGCGACAUCGAGUACUGCGAGCUGAACGCACGCUUCGGCAUGCGCUCCAUCAUCGCUGACCCCGUCACCUUCAAGGCCAAGGCCAGCUACCUGAGCCUGGCCACGCUGCAGGCCUACACAUCCAUGCACCUCUUCUUCCAGUUCAAGACCACCUCCGCCGACGGCCUCGUCCUCUUCAACAGCGGCGACGGAAGCGACUUCAUCGCCGUGGAGCUGGUGAAAGGGUACAUCCAUUAUGUGUUUGACCUCGGCAACGGCCCAAACCUCAUCAAGGGCAGCAGUGACAGAGCUCUGCACGAUAACCAGUGGCAUAAUGUGGUCAUCACUAGAGAUAAUAGCAACCUCCACACGCUGAAGGUAGACGCCAAGGCCGUGAGUCAGGUCGGCAAUGGUGCCAAGAACCUGGACCUAAAAGGUGAUCUCUACAUCGCCGGUUUGGGCCCCAACAUGUACAACAACCUUCCCAAACUCGUAGCCUCAAAGGAAGGCUUCAAGGGCUGUCUCGCUUCUGUCGACCUGAACGGCCGUCUGCCCGACCUGAUAAACGAUGCCCUGUUCCGCAGUGGUCAAAUAGAGCGUGGAUGCGAAGCAUCGAAAAGUGAACUUGGUUUCACCAAAGCAGACCUACAAGGUCCUAGCACCACAUGCCAGGAGGACUCCUGCGCCAACAUGGGCAUCUGCAUCCAGCAGUGGGAGAACUACACCUGUGACUGCUCCAUGACCUCCUACACGGGCACUCAGUGCAACGACCCUGGAACCACUUACAUCUUUGGGAAAGGGGGAGGCCUCAUCACCUUCAACUGGCCGGCCAACGAGCGUCCGAGCACACGCACGGACCGGCUGACCGUGGGCUUCAGCACCUCGCUCAAGGACGGCGUCCUGGUGCGCAUCGACAGCGCCCCCGGCCUGGGAGACUACCUCAUGCUCCAUAUCGAACAAGGGAAAAUUGGCGUCACUUUCAACAUCGGGACAGUCGACAUCCUCGUGCAGGAGAGCAGCAUCCCGGUGAACGAUGGCAAGUACCACGUGGUACGUUUCACAAGAAAUGGUGGCAAUGCCACACUUCAGGUGGACAACUGGGCCAUCAACGAACACUUCCCCUCAGGCAACAACGAUAAUGAGAGAUUGCAAAUGGCAAAUAAGAAAAUCCCGUUCAAAUAUGCCCGUCCAGUAGAGGAGUGGCUGCAAGAGAAAGGGCGGCAGCUAACGAUAUUCAACACGCAGGCCACCAUCACGAUCGGCGGCGCCGACCGCAAGCGGCCCUUCCAGGGCCAGCUUUCUGGCCUCUACUACAAUGGGCUGAAAGUGCUAAACAUGGCUGCUCAGGGCAACCCCAACAUCAGAAUCAACGGCAGCGUGCGCCUGGUGGGGGAGGUUCCGGCGGCAGGCUCGGCACGCACCACUGCUCUGCCGCCCGAGAUGUCCACCACCUUCAUCGAGACCACCACUACCAUGUCCACGACCACCACAAGGAAGCACCGCUCACCACCCACGAUAUCGAACACGGAUGACAUUGUCUCAUCAGCGGAGUGCUCCAGUGAUGACGAAGACCUGGAGGAGUGUAACCUCGAGCGCACAGGUGGGCUAGGAGGUGAAUUAGUUAUCCCAGUACUUGUAGAGGAUCCCUUAGAUCUCCCUCCUGUAGCUACCCGUACACCCUCCAUUCUGUUUUCCCCAACCCUCCGCCCCCCCCCUACCAUUACUGAUACCACCAAAGAGUCCCGGUCCAUGGCCACUGAGGCGGGGGUACCUUGCUUGUCGGACCAAGGCAGCGAUGAUUGUGAUGAUGAUGGCUUGGUGAUAUCUGGGUAUGGCUCUGGGGAAGCAUAUGACUCUAACCUGCCCCCUACUGAUGAUGAAGAUUUUUACACCACCUUCUCCUUGGUAACAGAUAAGACCUUGUCUACGUCGGCCUUUGAAGGUGGCUACAAGGCUCACGCGCCUAAGUGGGAAGCCAAGGACUUUAGACCUAACAAACCCUCCGAAUAUGGUAGGACUACUACCCUGCCUUUAUCCCCCAAGCUGAGCCGCUCCACCACUUCGUCCACACCCGAAAUGCCACCCAAACGGCCUGCAGGCAAAAUGAAUAACCGCGAGUUUAAGCCCCAGCCCGACAUAGUCUUGCUUCCAUUGCCCACGUCCUAUGAGGUAGACAACACGAAGGCGAAGAACCCGCUAAUAACCUCCCCCAUGUUCCGUAAUGUACCCACAGCAAUUCCCACGGAGCCAGGCGUCAGGCGGGUUCCGGGGGUCUCGGAGGUGGUCCGUGAAUCUAGCAGCACCACAGGAAUGGUCGUCGGGAUAGUUGCUGCAGCUGCUUUAUGCAUCCUUAUUCUCCUGUAUGCCAUGUAUAAGUACAGAAACAGGGACGAGGGAUCGUACCAAGUAGACGAGAGUCGCAAUUACAUAACCAACUCAGCGCAGAGCAAUGGCGCAGUCAUGAAGGACAAGCAGCACGGUGCGAAAAGCAGCAGCAAAAAACAGAAGAACAAGGACAAGGAAUAUUACGUGUGAGCAAAGUGUUGCACAGAGAAAGCUACGAGAUGGACAGAGACACUGUAAAACACUGGCCGUGUCGGGAGCUGCCCCGAGAGAGAGCGAGAGAGAGAGAGAGAGAGAGAGAGCGAGAGAGAGAGAGAGAGAGAGAGAGAGAGCGAGAGAGAGAGUGAGUGAGUGUGUGUCUGUGUGUGUGUGUGUGUGUGUGUGUGUCUGGAAAUGAAGCUGAAUCUGGCACACAGCUGAGCCGCUGACCACUCACGUGAACUGUAAUAUAAAGCACACUUACUAGUGUAAGCAUACCAAGAAGGUAAAAUAUCAACAUUAGUGACCUUAUUCUUCAAUCUGGUCGCAGACGUUAUCAGUGUAGAAUACUUCACAGCUACGUCAUUAUCCUAAGUGACUUUUAGAGGUAUGUGAUCCUUGGCGUAUCUUUUUUCUUUCUUUAUGAUUUUUUUAACUUGUAAAAAGAGGAGAAAAUUAUUUCGGCCAUUUCAAGCAUGUAAGCGACAUGUAGUGUUGGCAUAUUAUGAGAGUGGGACAGAAAAAUAAAUAUUUAUUGUACAAACAAGAAAGAAGGACUCCUGCCAAAAAAAUAUAUAUAUAUGAAAAUUUGUAUUGUUUAUACAUUAUAUGUGGUGUCUUUUUUUUUUUUGCUCUCUGCAAAAGAAAAAAAAAACUAUGUAGUAAAUGAAAUCGAGUGAGUGAAACUGUUAAGGACAGCUCACUAAAGCUCUUUGCAGCACUGUUAUUUAAAGUUGACCAAAUUACUUUAAUUCUACAACCAACUGUGACAUUAACGAUUUGUGAAUUGAGAGAAGUGGUCCACUGUUCUUGUCUCGGUAAAAGCGACUGAUUGUAAUGCAUGCCAUCUCACCCUACAACGUAUGAUCCUCAGCCGAGCUUGAGCAGAUCUGCCAGGCCAGGUCAGUCAUCAGAAACACCUUCUUUUCCCUUCAAAGUGGCAACAGUGGAAAUUGUCCCCUCCGUUUUUCUUUGCGGCCAGUGCUGGUUUGAUCUAUUUUCGAUCAUAAUGUAUGUCGCUCCAUUUCCUCUUCUCUUUUUUAUAAAGCUGUCUAGUGCACACUGGCACUCUACUAUAAUGCUGUUACAGAUGUCUAUACGGAAAUAAAUCUAACGUGAAAAGUGUGAAUUCUUAUCUGUUGUCACAGUCAACUGUGUCAAACAACAAAUUUGUUUACAUAUUUUAUUACAUUCUAGCAGUUGUACUUUUUAGGUAGAUAAUGUACAUACAAACCUAAGUUGUAAUUUUUUUUAGUAAUUCUAUUGUACAGAGAGAUCUUUUGAUUUAUCCAUGUGCUUCAUGAAGAAAAUCAGACAUUGUUGACUAACGUGAAGAGAGACUUUGAAGUGCUGAAAAUAUACACAUAUUUUGUAAUGAAAAACAGAGAACAUUGUUAGAUUAGAUGUCUAAUCUUUCUCGCAGAUGUUUCUAAUUCGCAUGGAUAUUUGACUACUUGACGCUGUCAAUCAAAUACAAAACACACUUCUUAAUUGUA